CGAGUGUGAGGCUGAUAAAACGUACCUCUCGUGUUAUACCUUUCUUUUUCUGCGCUCUUUUUUUAUAGUUGUCUAAGAUCAGAGCAAGCACCUGUCAGUUGCUUUUUCUUCCCUCUUCCUCUCCUCUGCUCCCUUGUGCAAAAUGGAGCUAGAAAAUGAAACGAUCAGCACCUCCAGCAAUUCAUCAGGAGGCUCCAGGGAGUACAAGGUGGUGAUGCUGGGAGCAGGGGGAGUUGGCAAAAGCGCAAUGACAAUGCAGUUCAUAAGUCAUCGCUUUCCUGAUUAUCAUGAUCCAACUAUAGAGGAUGCCUAUAAAACUCAAGUCCGAAUUGAUGAUGAACCAGCUUAUUUGGACAUUCUAGACACUGCUGGACAGGCAGAAUUCACAGCCAUGAGGGACCAAUAUAUGCGAGGUGGAGAGGGCUUCAUUAUCUGCUAUUCCAUCACGGACCGCCAAUCUUUUCAGGAGGCUGCAGAGUUUAAGGAGCUCAUUUAUCGUGUCCGGCACACCUACGACAUCCCCUUGGUGCUGGUGGGAAACAAAAUAGACCUUGAGGAAUUCAGGCAGGUCUCAACUGAAGAAGGUAUGAGCCUAGCCAGAGAGUACUCCUGCUCCUUCUUUGAAACUUCAGCUGCCCUGCGCUUCUUUAUUGAUGAUGUCUUUCAUGGACUGGUGCGGGAAAUUCGCAGGAAAGAGUCCUCGUUGUCCCUGGCCGAGAAGAAGAUGAAGCGGAAGGAUAGUCUGUGGCGGAAGCUGAAAGGAUCCUUGAAGAAGAAAAGAGAAAGCACAACCUGAUGGUACUUUCCCUCCAUCGACCUCUCAGGAGUUGAUCACAGUCAUCUGUAGCAAUCCCAAAAGGCAGCAUUUACAUAGCAUCUCCAGGGCCCAAUUCGGGAGUCCUUUGUUCCUGUUUUCAUUCAGUUAUUACACAGAAACAACUUCCAUCAGGCCCAGUUCAUGGUUGUCCUAUGGUCCCUUUGUAUCCAUGCAGCCAAAGGAGCCACACAGCAAUCACAUAGUGUACCACCUCCUCUUCCCCAGUGUAGGAGGCUCACUUAUAUGAAGUGAAUAGCCAACAAAGUGAAUAUUUGACCUUUCCCUGCAUGAGCCCUCAGAUCCCUGGUUAUUCUCCAGUUGCAAUGAACCAAACCAGCACCCAGGGCCUUACCAGUCCCAUCAGCUCUAGAAGAAGGAAAGCACGACCUGCUUCCUCUCUGUCCAUGCAAGGGGCCCUAACCAGGGAAGAACAGAUACAAGUUGGCUUUUGUGGGAGUUUUGCUGGCAUAAGGACAAAGUUAGGACCAUAGGACCUGACCUUGAACUUUAUAUGUAUAGAGAGGUUAAGGGCUGGAUUGUGCUCAGCCUCUGGGUGCAUGUGAAAAGACCCAAGACCCAGUAUGAAGCAUCUUCAUGGAGAACCUCAGAAGCAUCACAGUCCUCUCUCUCAGUGGAAAGGUGUGGCAAGGAUUGUACGAGUCCAGCACCCCAAAAGAUGUGGGGUCGUGGGCCUGGCUCUUCUUUAUCUCCAUCAAUACAACGGGAUGGCUACAGAGGUCCUCUGUCCCAUCUAUUAAAGGACGGUCCAGCAGCAUCAUCCCCUGCACACCAUAGAGAGAAGGGAGACACUUGGGCUCCAGAGACAUGGCACCUGCUAGAGCUCCCAGUGGAGCAAUACCUUUUUCUACCACCCAUAGCAUGGAGCACAAUCCAGCCCUUUACAUCCCUAUAGAAGUACAUUAGCUCUAUGUC